GGUCUGGGCGCGUGUGGAACUACCAACACCGAUAGCGACUAUAUCGUUGCUCUUUCCCAGGCCGAUUACGGUAACGGCGAGCACUGUGGAGAGACUCUCAAGAUCACCGCCAAUGGCGAGACUCACACCGCCACCGUCGAGGACAAGUGCAUGGGCUGCUCUUCCGGCGACCUUGACAUGUCGCCCACCCUCUUCCAGACCUUCGCCGACGAGUCCGUCGGUGUCGUCGAGGUCUCCUGGUACUACACCUCCUAA